AUGGCGGGGGAGGAGGGCAGGCGGAGCCGGGAGGGCUCCUCGUACUCUGCGGCCGCCCCCGAGCGGGGCUGGCGGGUCCUGGAAUGUUGGCGGCCUGUGUCUCACUCCGGUGUUCUCUUUUCUGCCUUCCCGCCGCCUUUGUCCCGCUCGGCAGCCGUGGGUGACCCGGAGAAAAUAUUCGCUGUCAAGCAACACCUGAGCAACUCAACAGGCAGAAAUGGCUCCAGGGUCAUGGUUCUCUCCUCUCACCAUUGCUGUGAUCACUCUGGGACUGCAGUGGCCACAGCAAGCUGCCACCUUCCCUACCGUGCCCCUUUCCAGCCUGUUUGCCAACGCUGUGCUGAGGGCUCAGCACCUCACCUCCUGGCUGCCGAGACAUACAAGGAGUUUGAACGCACCUAUAUUCCAGAGGACCAAAGACACACAAACAAGAAUUCCCAGGUAGCAUUUUGUUACUCGGAAACCAUCCCUGCUCCCGUGAAGAAGGAUGAUGCUCAGCAGAAAUCAGACAUGGAGCUUCUUCAGUUCUCCCUGAUUCUCAUCCAGUCCUGGCUGACCCCGGUGCAGUACCUAAGCAAGAUGUUCACAAACAAUCUGGUUUUUGGCACCUCAGACAGAGUGUAUGAAAAACUAAAGGACCUGGAAGAAGGAAUCCAAGCUCUGAUGAGGGAGCUGCAGGACCGAGGCCCCCGGGGUCCCCAGAUCCUCAAAGCCACGUACGAGAAAUUUGACAUCCACCUGCGCAGCGAGGACGCGCUACUGCAGAACUACGGCUUGCUCUCCUGCUUCAAGAAGGACCUGCACAAAGUGGAGACCUACCUGAAGGUGAUGAAGUGCCGGCGCUAUGGAGAGGGGAACUGCACCUUUUGA